CCGCCCGUGAGCUCCGCCGCCGCCGCUGCCGCCGCCGCCGCCCGGGAGCCGAGCCGGGCCGGGCCGCCAACAUGCUGAGCCGGCUCGGGGCGCUGCUGCAGGAGGCCGUGGGGGCGCGGGAGCCCAGCAUUGACCUGCUGGAGGCCUUCAUGGAGCACUGGAAGGGCAUCACGCACUACUACAUUGAGAGCACAGAUGAAAACACCCCUGUCAAGAAAACGGAUAUUCCCUGGCGGCUGAGGCAGAUGCUGGACAUCCUGGUCUAUGAGGAGAGGCAGCAGACAGCAGCCGGCGAGGCGGGUCCCUGUCUGGAGUACCUGCUGCAGCACAAGAUCCUGGAGACCCUGUGCACGCUGGGCAAGGCCGAGUACCCCCCAGGCAUGCGACAGCAGGUACUCCAGUUCUUCAGCAAGGUUCUGGCCCAGGUGCAGCACCCCCUCCUGCAUUACCUCAACGUCCACAGGCCUGUGCAGAAGCUUCUCCGACUUGGUGCGACAGUUCCUGGAUCCCAAACAGAAAAGGAGGAGGUGCAGUUUACCACCGUUCUCUGCUCCAAGAUCCAACAGGAUCCAGCCCUGCUCACCUACAUCCUGGAAGGUAAAAAGAUUGUCAGUAGGAAGAAGUCAUCCAAAGAACCCACCACUCUGGCUAGAGAGGCAGCCAGUGUCCAAGACAAGGACCGCCCCCACAGCAAGGCUCCUGACACGAGUCCUUGUGGGGCCCGGGCCUUGACCACCCAGCUGCCUGCUGAGACGGAGGAGCCAGAUGGAGGAGUUGGGGAAAGCAACCUCAUCACCUCCCUCAUCGGGUUGUGCAAGAGCAAGAAAGGUCGGGUGGCUCUGAAAGCCCAGGAGAACCUGUUGCUCCUGCUGAGUGUGGCUUCACCGGCAGCCGCUGCCUACCUGGUACACAGCAGCCCUUGUUGCCCUGCCAUCGUCGAGUACCUUUGCCAGCUGUACCAGUCCAUGCCCACCUUCCUGGACCCCGCAGACAUUGCCGUGUUAGAGGGCAUCAGCUGGAGGUUGCCCAGUGCCCCGUCUGAUGAGGCUUCCUUCCCUGGCAAGGAGGCUCUGGCUGCCUUUUUGGGCUGGUUUGAUUACUGCGACCACCUCAUCUCAGAGGCACACGUGGUGGUUGCAGACGCCUUGGCAAAAGCUGUGGCUGAGAAGCUAUUCGUGGAGAUUCUGCAGCCCCACCUCCUGCAUGUUUCUGAGCAGAGCGUCCUGACCUCCACCGCCUUGCUCACGGCCAUGCUGCGCCAGCUCCGCUCCCCUGUGCUGCUGCAAGAGGCCGUGGCGUUCCUCCUGGGUGCUGACCCGCAGCCUGCAGCCCCCGAGGAUGGCCCCCGCACCCUGUGCGCUCACCUCAUCGGGCACUGCGACCACCUCUCUGAUGAGAUCAGCAUCACCACGCUGCGGCUGUUUGAGGAGCUGCUCCAGAAGCCACAUGAGCAGGUCAUCCGCAGCCUGGUCCUCUGCAACCUCGAAGGCCGCCAUUACGUGGCCCGGGGCUCACCUGAGCCCGAGAGCUACGAGGACACCGUAGAUCUGGAGGAAGACCCCUACUUCACGGACGGCUUCCUCAACUCCAGCUUUCAACCCUCUGCAAAGCCUCCCCCAGCCCCUGCCACCAACUCGGAUGGCAAAACAGCAGUGACCGAGAUCGUUAACAGUUUCCUCUGCCUCGUUCCCGAGGAAGCCAAGACCUCAGCUUUCCUAGAGGAGACCGGCUAUGACACGUACGUCCACGACGCUUAUGGACUGUUCCAGGAGUGCAGCUCCCGAGUUGCCCCUUGGGGCUGGCCCCUGGGUCCCACACCCCUGGAUCCCCAUGAGCCCGAACGGCCUUUCUUUGAAGGUCACUUCCUCCGAAUGCUGUUUGAUCGCAUGUCCCGGAUUUUGGAACAGCCAUACAGCCUGAACCUGCAAGUGACCUCAGUCCUGUCCCGGCUAGCCCUCUUCCCCCACCCCCUUAUCCACGAGUACCUGCUGGAUCCCUACAUCAACCUGGCCCCUGGCUGCAGGAGUCUGUUCUCUGUGCUUGUCAGGGUGAUCGGGGACUUGAUGCAGAGAAUUCAGAGGGUACCCCAGUUCCCAGGCAAACUGCUCCUGGUACGCAAGCAGCUGAUGGGUCAGGUCCCUGGGGAACAGCUGGACCACCAGACCCUCCUCCAGGGCGUGGUGGUUCUUGAGGAAUUCUGCAAGGAGCUGGCUGCCAUCGCUUUCGUCAAGUUCCCCCCACACGGUCCUCACCUGCACCUCCCCCCUCCCCAAGAAGGGCACGUCUGAGCCAAGAGCAGGACCGGACGGGGGACUCCUUGUCCACACCUCUGCCCAAGAGCUGCCUCCCACCUGGCACUGCCGCCACCUCCCGCCUCCCAGGGUGGGAGCGUGGUUCCAUCUCUACAUCCCAGGUGUCUCUGCCUCUGAGGAAGCCUGGGCUUCCACUCCCAGGUUAACUCAAGAAGACCUUGGCCUGUCGGUCACACCAGACUAGGUUCAGGGAGUGGGUCUCCAAGGUACCAGAAGCCACGGAGCAAAAGAGGUGGCCUCCCAGACAGCAUGGUGUCCUCGGGGCUUUCUCAGGGGAGCUAGGUCAAUGUCAGGUGAGCACCCAGACCCAAACCUCGUGUGCUCUGUGCCUAUCACCUGUCUCUACGGACCAUGUGUGGUCAGGGCCAAGACCUGUAGCUCAAUUCCAGGGGCACAGGGGGAGUGAGUGAUGGCUCAGGCUGGUCAGGACUGUAGGCCAGAGAGAUGGGGGCAAAGGAGCCUGGUCUCCGUCUUGCUAGGUACCACAGAUGCUCCUGAGACUUGACAUUUUUGUCUCCUGCCUUUUUGGCUUCACCUGUGGUGAAGGGGCAGUGGAUGACAGGGGAAGCCCAUUCUCCCUUUCCGGCCCUUUGGAGACAGUUGCAAAAUUCCCAACCACCUCAUGGCAAAUGCCCAAAGCAUGCUCCGCGCCCAGGCGGGGGCAGCUGCUAAUGAGAGCCUUGGUGCAACUGCAGCCAGGGCGAGAGAGGGCUUGGGAAGUGGGGGGCUGGGUGCCAGGCUCCAGCUCCAGCUGGUUUCUCUCUGGCGUCUCUGAACCCGUCUCAGCAGGUCCUCGACACCUGGGCAGAGGGGAUCAGAGACCAGGCCUGGCCCUCAGCAUCUCACCCAGCCCACAGUGUUCUUGAUGGAAUACUCUUCCUGGGGAGCGAGGGAGCCGAGGGGAGAGAUGAGGCCAGGAUGGCCACCUGACCCCAAGCCCCCAAGGCCUAGCCGGGAGCUGCUGGGGCCCAGGCAGCCAGUUGUAGUGCUGUUCUCCCUGCAUGCCCUUCACGGCUGGGGCUGCCACCCCACCUGGCCUGAAUCUGUCUCAACCUGCUGGAACACACAGGCGGCGCCAGGCAUUACCUCACAGCAGGACUGCAGUUGCUGGCUUUGCUCCUGGGCAAGGAGGAGCAGGCCAGAGCCCCUUUCGCUUCCUUUUCCUGCCUAUGCCACUUCUAGAAGCCGGCCGCAGGUUGCCAGGAGGUGACAUGAAAGAGGAGGAACUCAGUGACCUCUCCCUCUCCUGCAUUCCUCCGAGCUGGGGAGGCCUUAACCGCUGCUGUGAAGGACACUGUGCAUGCGUGUGCAUGCGUGUGCGCGCACGUGGGUGUUGGCAUGGGACAGGGGAGCAGAGCUCACGGGGCAAACUGGGUCUGAACUCUUCAAGUCAGAAAACGUUUGAGCAUUCGGGAGUUACAUAUACUCCCCUCCUCCAUCCCCUUCAGCAUUCAGGCUGCAUCCCCCCAGACAACACAGCAAUAAAUGGUUUGGUUGCGUGGA